CUGAAAACAAAAAUAAUUUCAACCGAGAAAGGGGGAAAAAAAAAUGAUCCAGUCUUUAUCCGAAAAUAGACAGUGGAAUCAUCACUAUCCACCCACUAACAUUUUCCAACAUUUAAUAUUUUUUCCUCUUGGUCCACCUUUGUUUAGGCGUUGAGAGCUGGCGAAACACACAGCAGUAGUCUUCAAGAACUUUGAUUAGAAGACAGUGAAGCAAAGUGAUAGAGGAGAGCAGCAAAGUGGAGGAGAGUAACCAGCCAUGGGAAGUAUUGGUACAGAUAGCCAAGAUGGUGGAGAGAACAUGGCAGCUUGGCUUAUGGGUAUUAACACCCUAAAGAUUCAACCUUUCAAGCUUCCACCUCUUGGUACUAAUUACUCAUUUCAUCAUCUAUUUGCUUUGAAAGAUUGUUUCUUUAUUUGUAUUUUGCUUCUAUCUGAUCAAGUCAAAUUCAGCUCACAUGUGUGGUUGUAUUACUGUAUUAGUCAACUGGUUUGUUGCCCUUUUGUUGAUUCUAUUGUGGGUUUCUUGAAGGACCCCAUGAUGUGAGAGUUACUAUGAAAGCAGUUGGGAUAUGUGGAAGUGAUGUCCACUACCUCAAGGUAAAAUUAUUGUCUCGUUCUUUUGAACUGUUUCUUUUUGUUCCUUCUUUUCUUUUCCGAUUUUUAAGGGAAACAGUCUAUGUGAAUGCUAAACAAGGUUCUGUAUGUUGUUUUGAGGAUAUAUGUAAAACUUACAAUUUAAAGCUCUAUACUAAAAGUUGGAAAUUUACCAGACAUUACAGUGUGCUCAUUUUGUUGUGAAAGAACCAAUGGUGAUCGGACAUGAGUGUGCUGGGGUGAUUGCAGAAGUAGGGAGUGAAGUAAAGACACUUGUCCCUGGGGAUCGCGUGGCAUUAGAACCGGGAAUCAGUUGUUGGCGAUGCGAUCACUGCAAAAAGGGAAGAUAUAAUCUCUGUUCGGAGAUGAAAUUUUUCGCCACUCCUCCUGUUCAUGGCUCUCUGGCCAAUCAGAUUGUGCACCCGGCAGAUUUAUGUUUUAAGCUUCCUGAUAAUGUGAGUUUGGAGGAAGGGGCAAUGUGUGAGCCCUUAAGUGUUGGUGUACAUGCUUGUCGUCGUGCUGAAGUUGGUCCUGAAACACGUGUAUUGGUGAUGGGAGCUGGACCUAUUGGCCUUGUUGCUUUGCUUGCAGCUCGAGCUUUUGGAGCUCCUAGGAUUCUGAUAGUGGAUGUGGAUGACUAUCGUUUAUCCGUUGCCAAAGAGCUUGGAGCCGAUGAAACUGUCAAAGUUUCCACCAGCAAACAGGAUGUCUCGGCUGACAUUGAACAAAUCCAGAAAGCCAUGGGAACUGAUAUUGAUGUGACUCUGGACUGUGCCGGAUUUGAGAAAACUAUGUCUACUGCGCUUGGUGCCACGCGUCCUGGUGGCAAAGUUUGCCUCGUUGGUAUGGGUCAUAAUGAGAUGACGGUUCCUCUCACCCCUGCUGCUGCAAGGGAAGUGGAUGUCGUUGGAGUAUUUCGCUACAAGAACACGUGGCCUCUCUGUCUCGAGUUUAUAAGCAGUGGCAAGAUUGAUGUGAAGCCCAUGAUAACCCACAGGUUUGGCUUUUCUCAGCAAGAGGUUGAAGAAGCUUUUGAAACUAGUGCUCGUGGGGGUAAGGCUAUAAAGGUCAUGUUCAACCUUUAAAACAAUUGUGCAUGAAUUAUGUAAGGAGAUAUAAUGCUGAAAACUUAUAUUGGCAAGUAGCAUUUGCUUGUACGGUAACUCUUUGCUCCUUGAUAUGUAAAAAUGUUUUUUAGAAGGUUUGAUCUUGACGGUAUAUCCAUCUCUUCUUUCGGAUAAUCAUAUGCGUACAAUUGCCGUUCCUUACAAUGAAAUGCUAUAAUGUGGGAAUGUUGGGUGGCCGUAGCAUAUAUGCAUAAUGUGGAGAGCGAAUUGAUGCGACUUGUUGCGCUAAAUGUUGUGUUUUUCUCCUUAUGUUUCUGCGAG